GUUAUCACAGCGGGGGCAGUUGGUUGUUAAGGCGGCGGGGGGGCUUCUAAAGGCUUCCAUACUUGCCAUGGUAGGGCUCCUAUUAGGCAGGCCAUAGGCAUAAUGUAAUAUGAGAUCUGCAGUUUUCAGUGAUAUGGAGGGGUUUUCCAGCACCAUGCCCCUGCCCACCGUGCAAAUUACUGGUUGGUUAAGCCUGCAGUAAGUUAUUGAGUGGACAGUUUCUGUAGGUUUGACGCGUCACACAAAAUAGGAAGCAGCAGUGAGCGAUGGGGACUGAAAGCUAUCAGGACAGCAGUGGUGGAAGAUCAGAACAUUUUGAGAAUGCUUUACUUUUACAAACAAAUGUCCUUAAGAUAUGAAUUGCGCCAGGACAAUCACCUCCCAGAAUAUCAAUAUAUUAUACACCAAGGAAAAAGUAUAGAUCAGGGAUAUCUUUGUUCUGCUUCAACGCUCUGCCUGAGGCAGACUGUACAAGAAAAGGGAUCUGCAGCACAGAGUGAAGUGGACUUUUUCGAUCAAAUGGACUGGAUUGAAACCUUAACAGAUAAGGAGAGACUUGCUAAGAGAUUCUUCACCACAUGGACGGUUUCAUCUUGGCAUCAUUCCAAGGUUUCCAUCUUAGUCACGAGCAGAUAGCAAUAUCAGGAACAUAACAUCAGGAACAUGGUGUAUAGUUUAAGAGUUUCCAUCGGCCAUUUCUACUCCACUGACAAAAUUAUCAUCGAGUCUCCAGGAAACCAGUAAAAUCACCUAUUGGAUGACUGAAGCAUUGGUCCUCUUCUUUAAUGCUCUUGCUCUUCUGGAAUGAUACACAGAUUAGUUUGCUUGAAUUCCUUUUUAAUUCUUCUAUUAACUUUGUAGCUGGUAUAUUUUUUGUAUUUAUUUAAAGGUGCAGGGUUUCAGCUGGACAGUAAAUUGGACACAUGUUAAUGCUUUAAAUCACUAAAUCAUCAGUAUACAAUCAGAACCAUCUUUCAUACUGUAACUAAUAGCCAUAAAUGACCAAUGCCAAAGUUACUACUAGUCUUUUCUAAUUAAAACUGUUUAUUUUACAUUUACUGUAUAAUUGAACAAAUGGACUAUAGCUCUGUGUGAAUAUUUGUCUCUUUCUAAAAUGAAAAUAAAGUAACAAUUAUCAGA